CAAUAAGCGUUUCUAGCCGGAUGUAUUUUGCUCUCGCUCGUCAUACAUGCAAACUUGAACUGGGGAAGGCAUUUGCUUAACGCUAGUUUUCUUUGGUAGCUUGUUUUAUGAAAUGCAACAUUUAGAAUGGAGGAUCCCAAAGAUGUUCAGUCGGGGUUCUCCCUGAAAGAACUGACCAUUUCUGGCGUGAACAAGCAGGACAAUGUGUCAGGCAGCUCGUCCACGUUGGAGCUGCGGGGCAAGAACCUGGUUUGCGUGGAGUAUCCAGGGUUAGUUUCCAGCGUGGACAAGAUGCUAGAGACACUUGGUGGUGAAAAAACAAUUUCAGAAACAUUCAGUCAACCAAAUCUGAGGCUAGAGCUACGCUAUCGACCUCAAGACCCUUUCUGUCAUUCCCUGUGCGGCAACCGCUUCUCGUCCAGCAACCUUCUGCUACGGGUGAAAAGGAGAGUCCGGAAAAGAGACUCCAAAGUUGCUGACAUCAGCAUGGAAAUACUUGGAGUCAUUGGAACAACAUACAAAUUUCAAGGGAUGGCAGAUUACCAGUGCCUUGCCGUGCAUUCUCAAGACGGAAUGCACACAUCUUUGUACAACAAAAUCAUCCUUCGGAAAACCGAGAAGGAAGAGUUUUUUAAGCAGCCCAUGCCGUAUUUCCUUCCCCCGGCCAUCUUCUCGCGACUUGACAAUCCAGUAGAUUAUUUCUACCGACCUGAUGUUUCUCAAAAGCAACCAGGAGACAUCCACACCAAGACAAAUUUUAUUGGUUUCAACAGACCCCGUCGGCCCCACAACGCCCUUUUUGUCAGCUACACUGAUCCUGUUGUUCCCACCGAAGCUCUGGAGGCGGCUAAGAUACACUGGACAAAAAUUUGCUUGCGAGAGAAUGACAAACAGGCCCAGGAAAAACUAGUCGCUAUGUUUGAGAGCCGGCCCAUCUGGUCCCGGAAUGCUGUCAAGGCCAACGUUGACAUCCAUCCAGAAAAACUCAAAAUGCUUUUGCCUGUCUUGGCGUACUAUAUGGUGACCGGACCAUGGAGAAGUCUAUGGGUGAGGUUUGGUUAUGACCCCCGAAAGACAGUGGAGUCCAAGAUCUACCAGGUGCUUGACUACAGGAUGCGCUGUAGCACCAAAAGCGCAUAUGUGUUGUCCAAUCUACUGGUGAAACCAAAAAGGAGUACCAUGAACUACAACCUACCGAUUGUAAUCAACAAAACCGGUCCAACUCCAACCAGUGUGAGAGAACUUCCAGCUCAGGAGGGUUCAAGCACCACUCGAGAUCCGGUCCAAAUUUCUCAUCAGCUAAAGGACUCCUCCUAUAUUUUCAGAGAGGGGAUGCUACCUCCUCACCGGCAGAUGUUUUACCAGCUGUGUGACUUGCAUGUGCCAAGUAUCCAGGAAGUCAUUAAUCAGAACAACGGUACGGAGCAAGUAUGCGAUGAGCGGGAUGGCUGGUGUGCUGUCGGCACUACAGACAAGCUGAGGGACAUCAUCUCCACCAUGGUCAGGAAGAUUUUCAGAGCACAUAAAGCAUCGGAGCAAAAACUUUCCAAGGAACCGGCGCACACGGUCCGGAGUUCAAAAGGCAAUGGUGAGGAUGAUGAAGAUGACGAAGAUGAUGAAGAUGAUGAUGAAUAUCAGCCAUCAGAAGGAAGCGAAAAUGAGAUGGAGACAGAAAUACUGGAUUACAUGUGAUAAAAGAUUUGAUUUUGUCAAUUCUUUAUGCUUUUUUCCAUUUACAUACAAAUAAACUUUUCACUUUUAUUGCA